GUUCUUGCUGUCGGUGGGCUCGAUCUUGACUGCGGCUGGCAUGUGGGGCGCGCCGAACAGUCCAUCAAUGUCAAUACCUAAACACACACACACACAGACAGACACACACAGAGAGACAGAUUGAGAGAGGUACACGCCAUCGAUUGAUUCCACACGCGCACACACUCCCCCCUGACACACCUGCGGUAGAUGUCCCAUCCUCGGUGUCGUCCUCCUUCUUGACCCUAACCUCACCACCCCGACUCCCACUGCCGCCACUGCUGCCGCGCCACUCAUAUGUCUCUCUAGCACCACGGUACGGAAACGACCCCGCCCUCGAGCCGCCAACACCGCCGCCACCACCGCCACCACCACGGCUCUUGGCCGAUGUGUGUCUGCUGCCGUUGCCGGCCUCUCGCUUUGCGUUGCGGAUGUACUUCUCGCCGCCCUGCUGCUGGUGAAGGGCCGCACACAGCGGGUCGUCGGGGGCGUCAGCGAUCAGACGGCGCCUAGACAGACAGCACACGAAAUAGCCAUUUAGAGGGGAAGAGGGGAGAGGCGUCGGUGUGGUGUGGUGUGGUGUGGUGUGUGUCGUUUACUUGAGCUUGGGCAUGCGAUUCUUGACGGCAUUGUCGGUGCUGAAAUCAGGAUUGAGGGAUUGACACAGGGACACCAGAAUGAGGCACUCACUGCUGUCUUGUCUUGCUGUUUCUUUGUGUGUGUGUGUGAGAGGAGGGUCCCUGUCCUCUGUGGUUGAUUGUCUGACCGACCGUGAAGUGAGGUGUGUGCAGAUCUCCUUCCACUGGUUGCCCAGCACGAACUGCAGAUGCACCAGCUGCAAAUCCUCAGACAAAUCCCAACCCUCUGACCCACUCGAGGACGAACGACCAACACCUGGGAUGUGAUACACACACACACACACAUCGUCACGCAGAUCUCUCUCUCUCUCUCUGUGUGUGUGUGUGUGCGGUGACCCAUCCAUUCAUCGAUUCUCACCUUCGGUCCGUCCCGUGCGUUUCGUGUGUUUCUCCUUCUCCUUCUCUUUCUCCUUCUCCUCCUUCACAGGUACAGGUACAGGUACUGGUACAGGCUCCUGCUGCUGCCGCUUCUGCGGCGGUAGGAGCAGCCUCUUGUCGGGAACGAUGGGCACGACAGACACAGGCACCGACAGGGGCAGAGGCACUGGCACUGGCGCCACUCGGUCGCCGCCGCCGACACCCCCCACACCCACACCCACAGGCACACCCACACCCACAGGCACCUCCUCAGCCACCUGCACACCACACCACACCACACACAGAUCCACACACGCUGCUGCAUUUCGUUUGUGUGGUCAAUCUGUGUGGUCAUCACCCACCCGUUGGCACAGAUACGGAUGCACAUGCUCACAGGAGUGCUCCUGCACCGGCGCCCCAAUGGCGACGAGGCGCGCCCCAAUCUGCUGAGGCUGCAGCUGCUGGUACGGGUAGGGGUGCUGCAUCUGGUUGGUAGGGGCGGCCAUGGUCAUGGUCAUGCUCAUGCUCAUGCUCAUGCUCAUGCUCAUGUCGCCGCUGCUGCCGCUGUUGCUGCUGCUCGAGGGCACCAUCGUGCUCAUGGAUGGAUCUGUGGAAAGAGGGUCCGCCAUGGCUGCUGCUGCUGGUGGUGGCGAUGACGGCUCGAGCGAUGAGCGCACGGACUCACGGCGACAUCAUGCAGCGGAGAUCACACAGAUGCGAAGCCCUUGCGGGCGGUAGCCAUUCUCACAAUACAGUCGCACCCAAGACUGCGAUGAAGGAAGCGCCUGCGCCCGCG